AUCAAUCGUUCUCUGUCUUUGUCACAUCACCGAUGAGCAUACGCGCAGCAAGAGGAGGCAGCGGCAGAUCUUAUCGCUAAACUAGAAUUUCUCUCGCGUCUUGCCCCUUCAUCUUCUCAUUUUUCACGCAACGCACUACCCGCAAUUCGAGAAGAAAUAAUUUGAGACCGCGCGGACAACUUCUGACAAUGAUGCAAAAUGAUCCUAAUUAACUAAAUAAUAAUUGCAAUAUUUUUUGCAACUAUUUUAACUUCUUGUGCGCUAUGUAUUAUGUAUUGUCAGUGAUGAAUCCUGUGACAAAGAGAACAAUCUUUAAGUUAAUUCGCUUGUAUAGCCAUGUCGCAAACAAUAAAUCUGCUAACUUGAUUCGAAAGGAGUUUUUAGAUUAUUUUGCAAAAGAUCUAAAACACAGUAUUAUUCGUUCUAGUCCUGUUUCUCCAAUUACUGACCAGUCGCUCGCAUUUACCAACGCUGGUAUGAAUCAAUUUAAAGGAAUUUUUUUGAACUACUAUGAGCCACCUGCGACAAAAGUUGUAAAUUCACAAAAGUGUAUUAGAGUUGGUGGAAAACACAAUGAUCUAAGUGUUGUUGGUAAUGAUAAUUAUCAUCAUACAUUUUUUGAGAUGCUUGGAAACUGGUCUUUUGGAGAUUAUUUUAAGGAAGAUGCUUGUGUAUAUGCUUGGAAUUUUUUAACAAAUAUAUGUGACAUACCCCAAAAAUAUUUAUAUGUAACAUAUUUUGGUGGUAAUAAAGAAUUGGGUAUUGCUCCUGAUCUAGAAUGUAAAAAUAUUUGGUUAAAACUUGGUCUUCCAGAAGGUAAAAUUCUACCUUUUGAUAUACAAGACAAUUUUUGGGAAAUGGGUCCAUCAGGUCCUUGCGGACCUUGUACAGAGAUACAUGUUGAUUAUAUGAAACGACCUACCAAUCAAGCUGCACGAGUAAAUAAAGGAUAUGCAGAUCUUAUGGAAUUAUGGAAUAUAGUUUUUAUACAAUACGAAAGGCUUGAGAAUGGAUGUAUAGUACCUUUACCAAAACAUCAUGUUGAUACAGGCAUGGGACUUGAACGAUUAGUUACAUUACUACAAGGAAAAACAUCUAAUUAUGAUACAGACAUUUUCCAACCAAUAUUUUGUGCAAUACAAAAAUAUACAAAAGCCCCAGAAUAUAAGGGAACAUUUAAUAAUGAUGAUACAGGCAAGAUUGAUUAUGGUUAUAGAAUUCUAGCAGAUCAUGCUAGAAUGAUUACUGUUGCAUUGGCUGAUAAUAUGUUACCUGAGCAACACCCAAAGCUACGGAAAGUAUUACGAAAUGCAAUAGACACAGGAGAAAAAAUAUUUAGAAAAACUGACAUACUUGCCCAACUAGUUUGCGAUGUAGCCGAUAACUUGGGAGAGGUUUACACAGAACUACACAAUAAUCUUAAACAGGUAAAAAGAAUAAUAAAGUUUGAGGAAGAUUUAUUUAAUAGAUUGCGUAAUGCUUCUAAUAAAAGAUGGAAUGAAAUGAUUAAAAUUCGUCCUGAAUUAGCAUCAAUCACUGAUUGGACAGCCCCUGGUUUAGUUGACGGCUAUAAAAAUCUACAGACUAUGUUGAAAGAGUUGUGUAAAACUAACCUAUUACCUGGAUCUGUUGCAUUUAAACUGUAUGAUACAUAUGGGCUUAAUUUAGAAACAAUAACAGAGUUAGCACAAAUUGAAUCAUUACACUUUGAUGAAGCUGGCUUUCAGAAACAACUAGAUAUUUCCAGAUAUCAGUCAAGAAUUGGUUUCAACAAAAAUAAUAUUGUAUUUACUGAGAAGUCUUUAAGAAUACUUGAAAAAAAUCAUAUGCCUAAAACGGAUGAUUCAUUUAAAUAUAAUUAUACAUAUGAUGGAAAUGACUAUAAGUUUCCAAUGCUCAAUAGUAAACUUAUUGGCAUUAUCAUCAAUGGGCAACUAGUUACGGAUACAAAUUCCCAUAUUGCAAAUCUUAAUGAUGUCAAUAACAAAAUAUCUAUAAAUGUCAGUGACAUAUUAAAUAGCAAAGAUGAAAUUGGCAUUAUAUUGGAUAAAACUAUAUGUUAUUCAUUGGAAGGUGGUCAAGUUUCAGAUCAAGGAAAUAUACAUAUCAAAAAUCUAUUUUUUAACAUUCAUAAUGUUAGAAAAAUAAAUGGCUAUGUAAUUCAUUUCGGAAAAUUUGAAAAAACAGAUAUACCACCAUCGGAAAUGUAUUUGGAAAUAGGAGAUGAUUGCUUAGUUAAUAUAGAUUCACAAAUUCGAGUUGAUACUAUGAAACAUCAUACAGCAGCCCAUUUAUUAAAUGCAGCCAUGAAAGAAGUUAUGCAUACUGUUUAUCAACGUGCUUGUACAGUUGAUAUGAACAACCUAAAAUUUCAAUUCAAUCCGUUUGGCGAAAAACUUACAUUGGAACAAAUGAGAAUGAUAGAAAAUCGCAUCAAUAAUGUUAUACAGUCUCAUGUUGCAGUAACAGUACAAACAUUAAACUCACUUCAACUAUUAGGACAAGAUGAUAUUACAUUGGUGCCUGGAGAAAUAUAUCCUUAUACCGAUAUCAGAAUUGUAGAGAUUAAUGCUGAAGACUUGAAAGCAAAGGAAGCAUGUUGUGGCACACAUGUACACAACACAGGCGUAUUGCAACAUUUUUAUUUUGUGACAUAUACCUCAAAGGGAGCAGCAAAAUGCGAUGUUAAAGCUGUCGUGGGCCCAUGGGCUUUACGUAUAAAACAAGCUAGUGAAAAAAUACAACAUGAAGUUGCAAAACUAGAAAAUAUUUUACAAAAUGACAAAUUUAUUACAUAUGAAACUUUUGAUGCCAAAGUGAAUCAAAUACAACAGGAAAUUAAUGAACAAACUGAACCAAUAUCACUACCUUACUUAUUUAAAGUGGAAUGCCUGACACAUUUAAAAAACUUGAGCAAAGCAAAAUGGCUAAAAGAGAAAGAAAUUGAGAGAACUUCAAUAGAUUGUGAAAUUACUACUGUUACUGAUUCAUCUCAUUUUAUUGUACAUUGUUUAAAUAAAAAUCCUACAUAUUUGUCGUUGCAUGAAGUUGUAUCCCUCUUUUCUGGGAUACCAGUAUUGAUUCUAUCUCAUAAUAAUGGAUUUAUGAAGGCACGAUGUUCUGUACCACAGAAAAUGGUUUCUGAAGUAUUUAAUGCACAAACUUGGAUGAACAUUGUACUUAAAAUUUUUAAUGCAGAGUAUGGCCCUAUUAAAGGAUUUGCACCCAUGUUAAUUGCAAGUAUGAAAUCCAAACAAGUAUCACAUGAUUAUAUUGAAAUAUAUGUGAAAAAAGCUAUUAUAGAGGCUACUAAGUUUGCAUCAAUACAUGUAAAAAAAAGUUAAAUCUAUUAAUAGCAAAGUUAUGUAUAACGAGUAUUUAUAAUUAUAAAUUCAUCAUUAAUACUAAGAUAUUGAUAACAAUAAA